GACAGAGACAGACAGUGACAUAGACAGAGAGAAAGGGAUGGAGAGAGUAAAUGAAUGACUCAAACAGAAACUGAAAGGUAGUUAGCAUGAAACUAUAAAAGAUAGACACAGGCAAAGGUAAAGAUAGGGGUGCCGACGGAGAGAGAGACAAAGAGACAAGGGAGGCGUAAGUGAAGAGAGGUAAGGGGAAAGAGAAAGCGAAGCAGAGGCAGAUGCUGAAAUGUAGAGAGAAAGAGACAGGGUAGCAGUCUAGUGUAACGUAGAGAUUGUGCUAGUAAGAGAUAUUAGGGAGUAAAAAAAGAAAGGAAGCGGGUGCCGGGAGGAGGAGGAUUGCAGAGCAGCGAGGUAGGAGGAUAGUGUGAGAAAGAGUCAGAGGAGUGAUGCUACUUCCCGCCAUCCAGUCGUUAUGGCCGCCAUUGAAAACCUUUUAGGAAACUACGUCGUCUCUUGUCAGAAUCUCUCGGCGGACAACACCAUACCGGCCUCCACUUCUAGCGACGACAGCAGCGUCAGCACGGACGACGGACAUCACCGAACGUGUUCUUCUCUGCUGGCCGUUAAAGACAUCAGUGGAAAGGACAAAAUAAUCGGUUUGUUCUUCGCCAUCUUGCCCGACAGCUACAGAGAAGAAGAUGGCGGCUUGUUGUCGUCUGCCUCUUCAUCUUCAUCGUCGAACGUCGCCCCUUCGGGCUGUGUUUUGGGAACACCGCAGCACGCCUUCAACACGGUGCUGCGGUUUUAUAAAGAUUUCAAACAAAAUUCCCCUCUAAGGGACAACUUAGAGAUCAUCUUUGUAUCGACGGACACCGCAUUUGAGACCCUAAACUGGCCCCUUUAUCAAAAGUACUUAGCGGACAUGCCGUGGAUGGCCCUACCCUUACAAGACCGUCAAAGGCAGAAAGCUCUUAUCAAAAAAUACCAUGUUCUCCGAGUGCCAGUUCCAAGAGUAUCCAUGUUAGUUCUUUUAGAUACCGAAACUGGCAAAGUUAUCACUAAAAAUGGUAUCAGCUGUAUUGAAGACGACCCACGUGGAGAGAUGUUCCCAUGGAGACCAAGCCCGUUUAAGGAGGUGAUUCAAGGUAAGCUGUUGACCAAUAACUCUGAUGGUGAAACAUUUGGAUAUGUAGAUGCCUUGACUGAACUGCAGGGGAAGAUUACAGGUCUAUAUUUCUCGGCACAUUGGUGUCCUCCUUGCAAGCAUUUCACACCCGUGUUGUCAGCCAUGUAUGAUAAACUAAAAUCCGAAGGGCGGAACUUUGAAGUAGUCUUUGUCUCGUCUGACCGCAGUAAUGUUUCCUUCGAGCAGUACUUCCGAACAAUGCCAUGGUUGGCAAUACCUUACAAUGAUACCCGAACCCAUUGCCUCAAAUCUGCCUAUGAUGUCUACGGUAUACCUACUUUGAUUAUCAUUGAUGAAAAUGGUAAAGUGAUCACAAAAGAUGGUCGGAUGGCAAUAAACGCUGACCUGCAAGGACAGGAUUUUCCUUGGUAUGUGAAAGCACUAAAUGAACUGACUGACACAACAGCUGCUUCGCUGAAUGAAGGUCCAUGCCUAAUUUUAUUAACUGAUGGCAACAAAAAAGAGAUGGAAUCAGCCCGUAACAUUCUUCAAGAUUUAGCAGAAAAAGAACACCAGAGAGAGGAUCAGCGGCUGUUAUUUUUUUAUGGGGGUGAGGAUGAAAUAUGUGAUUUCUUCCGUGACUAUGCUGCACUUGAAGAUCGAAACCCCCUUUUAGUGAUCACAGACUGUCCGGAAGAGAAACUGUUUGUAUGUUCUGAAACGACGAUCACCUCCGAUGUAGCUGCAAGUUUCUUGGACGACUACUUCAGCGGUUGUCUCCCAGCUGAACCACUGUUGCUAGACUCGUGAACGGCAUUACCAGUGUGAAAGGACAAGACAACCACUCGUACUUGCAUUGGUAUAUAUGUGGCUGUAUGGUGUGAAAAUAUCAUCAAGUUCUUGAUAGGGUGUGGUUCAAAACAAUAUCUCCUGAUUACAUUUAAAAAAAUUUUUUUUUUUUCUAACAUACAAAAGUUCAGAAAAUGAGGUUGUUUAACGUAUUUGAAUCUGAGAGACCCAAUAUAAGAUGGUGGUUAGUUGGAUGAGAGAGAGAGGAUGGCUGUUUGUGGUUGAUGGUUUGCAAAUGUCUACUAUUGAUUUUGUAGAAAAGUGAAAGGUGGGUGGUUGUCAACAGUAUUCUGUAUGUAGAUUGAUUGUCUGACUGUGAGGUUUCUGAAUGAUUCAUUUCGAGUCUAGGCGUAAAUGUCCUGAUAUUCCUAACUGAUGUGAAACAGCAGUCUUGGCUUGUAUCUUUAUUUUGAAGACCUUUUUCCUUCUGUUUUUGUUUUUUUUAAUGUGUGCCAAUAUCAGGUUAGGGACAUAUGAUUUGAGUCACUGACUCUGAAAUAUUUUUGUUAUAACGUUUAGAUGGGAAGACAUUGAAAACAUCUUAAGAAAUGUUUAUUGUUUCUCUGAUCUCUUUAUCAGCUACCUAUCCCGAAUAUUUGCAAUAUAACAGGUAAAAUACCCCAGUUUUUACUACUACUGAGCAGCUGGUGGAAAAUUGCAUUAAAGCAAAGUGAAAAAGUUGUGGUAGGGAUUACAAAAGCCCUGAGUAGACCAACUGUUGACUGGAUAGAUAACUAUUUAGAAAUAGAUAGCCAGUGGAAGCUGAGAUUUGAUGGGUUUGAAUUUUUAUGACUCAGAAACUUUUGCUUUUGAUGAUGACAAAUACUCUUUCUCUCCCCUCCAUUUGUAUGAAAGUUAGAAUAGAUGACAAGUGUAAGAGUGAAAUGGGAGAAAAAAUGUAAUAAUCAUAAUACUGGUCUGCUAAAUGAAUGUAAAUCUGAAGGAUGGCUACAAGUAUUUAUGGAAAGAGAAUGGUAAGGAAUUUGAGGGUGUUCGUAGUUUAUUUAACUUUUGCUUUUAGUUGAAGUAUACUGCUUUUGUUUCAGUUUCGAAAUGAAGAAUUUGAUAAAAUAAUUUUUGUCAUUAUUAAACUGCUGUUUGAAACAUAAAUCAAUAUGGAAUUUUGAUAUUUGGUUUUAAUUUUUGACCAUUUUACAACAAGAAAUUUGUAUCAUAGAAUCAAAAGUGGUCUUGAGUAGAUUAGUAUUAAAAAGGCUAAUGUAGAAAUCUAAGUAAAAUUAAAAAGAUUGCACCAAAAAAAAAAAAAAAAAAUUCACAAGAGCUUAUAAAUGGUAACAAAAGUAGAUGCAAAUGAGGGUUUAAAGAAAGGAUGUUCAGAACACCCUAAAAUAGCUUCUGUGAACAAGAAUUGAAUGAUGUGAAGGUGGCGAGCUGGCAGAAAUGUUAGCACACCUGGCGAAAUGCUUAGCGGUAUUUUGUCUGCUGUUACGUUCAGAGUUCAAAUUCCACCAAGGUCGACUUUGCCUUUCAUCCUUUCGGGGUCGAUAAAUUAAGUGCCAGUUACACACUGGGGUUGAUGCAAUCGACUUAAUCCCUUUGUCUAUCCUUGUUUGUCCCCCUCUAUGUUUAACUCCUUGUGGGCAAUAAAGAAAUAAGAAUUGAAUGAUGUAUUCAACAAAAUAGAUAACAGCAAAUUAUCAAAUUAUAUUUUCCUUUAUCUGUCUUUUGUAAUUUUUCACAAUCAUUCUUACAUAUGCUCUUGGUACAAAUGCUGUUCAUUUAUUUUCACCUGACAGUUCAGUAUAACAUUUAGAAGUCCAUUUUUGUUUUCUUCUAACCUUACUCUUGCACUAGUUUUGGUUAGUGAACUGAUUGUGACCAAAGGUUUUGUAGUUGUAAUUAACCCCAGUACCUGUUUCAGUUUCGUAUUUAUUUUAUCGAUCUUUGCUUCUCGAGUCACUAAUGUUACAAGAGCUAAAGGAACAUAACAUGAGCAAAAUCAAAUUUUAAACCUGUAGAGAAGUGUCUGCAUAGACUACCAAGUACCAAUAAUAAGGAACUAGUCUUUAAUAGAAGACACUUGCACAAGAUCUCGUGCAGUAUGUUUGAACCCAGGACAACAUGGUUGCAAAGUUAAACACUUUUUUUAACCAAUGCACCAUUCCUGUGUUGCAUGACAUCUGUGUAAUAGACAACCUUCAAUAAUCUUCAUAUAGUGUCCAGUGUUUGUUUGAUUGGUUCAUAUUGCAUUGAAAGAUAAGCAAUUAUGGUGUGGUGGCUGAACGAAAGCGAUAUUAGGAGUAACGAAUGUAAAGAUCUUGCAUCAAAGGAGGAUAUGAUAUGUAUAUAUGUAUGUAUGUGUGUGUUUGUGUAUCUAGAGAGAGAGAGGGAGAGAAAGAUUAUGGUCAUCUAAUUUAUAUCUGCAUGAAAACAACAAUUACUAAAAUGAUGAGGGUUUACAAGACUUGGAAUUUUUGCCUUGGUUUUGCUUUCAAAAGUAGAACUGGCCCUUUUUUUUUUUUUUUUUUUUUUUCUAAACAGAGAUUUCCUAUCUAAUGCUGGAUUUUAAUGAAGGACAUGCCUUUACCAUUAUUUAAUGCGAUACAUGUUGUACAUGCUUUGAUUAGAACAUAACAUACAGCUUUUUUUUUUUUUUUUUUUUACAUCGAUAAUGAUAUGAAUUUGAAGUGUCACACUGCAUCACUUUACAACAUGUGUAGUUUGGUUUUUUUGUUUGUUUGUUUUUUAAUUUAAUGAAAACAUGUAUAGCAUGUAAGCCAAUCUGGUAGCUUACAGUAAAGGAGGGGAAACUCGAAACCUCUUCUGUUUUUUUUUAAUUGACAUUUUUAUCGAUUGAUGUCUGUCGUAACCUCAUUCACUUUGAAUGUUUACUAUGUUACAAGUUACUGUUACUUAUUUCAUUGAGUGCAGAAAAACAAAACAAAAAAAAACAGUAGCCAUGUCAAACCUGGAACAAAGUCUAAUGGCUCCAUGUUUAGUAUUUUAACUACUAAACCCACUGUCCUGUCCAUAUAUAUAUAUAUAUAUAUAUAUAUAUAUAUAUAUAUAUAUGUACUCUUUAAUAAUAGUACUUUUUAUUAUGUCAUUUGGAUGGCAUGCAACAAAUUUGAUCUAAUACGAUUUUUCUAUGACAAACCCGGUUCUAUUUUCACAACUUUUCUUUAUGAACGAAUGCCCCGAGCAUCAAAGUAAUUUAUAUUGUGUGUCAGGUACGCUUAACACACUUGGUACUGAUGCCUGUAGGGUGUGUCUUAAGCCUGUAUAAAUUGUCCUCAAGCAACACACAUACAUGAUGCUAAUAUAUAUAUUCAUAUAAGACACAUGAAGCUAAUAUUACAUAUACAUACAUUAAAGUUGAUACACAAUAUAUACCUUACACACAUGCUCCUCAUCUGUUUUUUUUUUUUUU